CGCAGGUGUAGGCCGGUGGAGUGGCGAGGCCAGGACUGGGUGCGGGGGCAGCGGGCCGAGGAGUUGUCUUGCCAUGGGGCGGGGGAGAGGGGCAGGUCGGUGAGGGAGCGUUGGGUCUGCUCCGGCGAGCCCCGUCCCGGGACCAUGGGGGAGCGGGUGCUGGUGCCGCCGCCUCCCGGAGAGCCUUGCUUACAAGGCUCUGUGCUCUCUUUGCUAUGUUCCAACUCCUACCAGGCAUGGUGCCAGAUCACCAAUGUGUCACAACUAAAGGCUUCUUAUGUCACCCAGGAGAGCCCGAAUUCCAAUGGAACAAACCUGAGUAUUUCUUCAUCUGCAGAGAACCAAUACAGCCUCUUUCUAGGCUUCAUCCUGGCCAUAAGUUCCAGUGUUUUCAUAGGCUCCAGCUUCAUACUGAAAAAGAAGGGACUCUUAGAACUGGCUAAAAAGGGAGUAACCAGAGCUGGACAAGGUGGACAUUCUUACCUGAAGGAAUGGCUCUGGUGGGCAGGGUUACUCUCAAUGGGAAUAGGAGAGGCUGCAAAUUUUGCUGCAUAUGCUUUUGCACCUGCAACAUUGGUUACCCCUUUGGGGGCACUGAGUGUUCUUAUAAGUGCAGUAUUGUCGGCCCAUUUUUUAAAUGAGAGACUGAACAUUCAUGGGAAAAUAGGCUGUGUGUUAAGUGUCCUGGGGUCAACUGUGAUGGUUAUCCAUGCUCCCAAAGAAGAAGAAGUCGCAUCUCUACAUGAUAUGGAAAUAAAGCUAAGAGAUCCAGCAUUUGUUUCCUUUGCUGUGAUUGUGAUUGUGAUCUCUGUGGUGCUGAUUGUGGUUGUUGCGCCAAAGAAAGGUCAGACCAAUAUAUUAAUCUACAUUUCAAUUUGCUCGGUAAUUGGAGUGUUUUCAGUUUCUUCUGUCAAGGGCUUAGGAAUCGCCAUCAAGGAGCUAUUGGAACAGAAGCCAGUCUACAAGGAUCCAUUUGUCUUUAUUUUGUUGGUGACAAUAAUCGUCUCAGUCAGUACUCAGGUUAACUAUCUCAACAAAGCACUGGAUACAUUCAAUGCAUCUCUAGUGACUCCUAUUUAUUAUGUGUUCUUCACAUCUAUAGUAGUGACAUGUUCUGCCAUCUUAUUCAAAGAGUGGUAUAGUAUGAAUGCUGGUGAUGUCAUUGGGACACUGAGUGGAUUCUUCACCAUUGUUAAUGGCAUCUUCCUUCUGCAUGCUUUUAAAAACACCGAUAUCACCUGGAGUCAGUUGACAACUACUUCCAAAAAAGCCCAGUUAUCUCCAUAUUCCAACGAAGAUAGACAUGCUUUGUUAGAGAACAUAGAAUGUGACGAUGAUCAAACUUUAUUUAAUCGGAUGGACAAUCAGGGUCACUGAUCUCCCUGGAAGAGCCAUUUUGAAGACGGAAAAAGGCAUGCAUGUUUCUUUUAAGAACUGUUGAAAUAUUCAGCUGUAUAUUUUCGUGUCCACAUAUGUGAAACCUAUGUACUUAUGUUUUGGAAGAUGAUACAAUGGCCAUCUUCAGUCUUCCUACCUAAGGUAAUCAGUGGAACACUGGUAUUUCAGUCUAACAUUCUAGACAAGUAAUUAAAGGUUGUUUUCUUUUUACAGAUAAUUCUCUGGGUUUUUUUUUUAGCAUGUUCAUAACAGUCUUAUGAACUACAGAUUGCUUUCCUAUUACAGAACCAGCCCGUGUAAAGGGGAGUCUAGCAUAAUAAGCAUCUCCUAACACUCUAAACAUAUUUUUGUGGCAACUGUGGAAUAUAACAAUAUGUCAUUUUUCAAAUGUCAAGAGUUCAGAGUAUAUUUGGUUUUGAAUUUUCUUUUUCAAGUUGAAAAAUUCUAAAGAAAAUCUGUAAUCUUCCUAUGGGAUAUAAGUAUUAUUUUCCCCUGUAAGUCUCAAAAAAGUACUGUUUUGUUUUAUUUGUGUAAUUAUUGUGUUUUGUUUUCAAAAUUUCUCCACAGAAGACUUCUGACUUCUCCAGAGAUAUGAAUGCCCAAUAUUUCCUCUUUACAAUUUACAUUCCUUAGUUCCUUAUUUUUUUUUUCUUCUUUGGGAACUUUGUGAGUUCAGUGGUUUUGUUGCUUUAUUUCUUUGGAACAAAUGACCUCAAGAUAUGCUUGUCACAUGUGUACAUGGCACCAAUAAUGGCUCGAUAGGAGAACUCUGUUAAUACGUGGUUUUUAUACUUAGCUCUCAGAAGAGUAUAAUUAGUAGCUAAAGAUAAAUAUUAGUCCCUGUAUAUCACAAAAUGAAACUUUUACACUAAAGAAAUGUUAAGCAACUUCUAGAAACAGGGCAAGUGAAAGAGAACCUCCUAAUAAAGAAUUCUUUAAAUCCGAUAGCAUUUUUGGAUACCUGAUCUGACUAGGAUGAAAAUAUAGACUUACAUGAUAGUUUUUUAAAAUAUAAUACCAAGUUAGAUUGCUUAUAGCAUCUUCUGUCCCUCAGACUGCCCUCUAAAAAUAGACUAGAUUUGAUACUUUCUCUGUCUUUCAUUGGGGGAAUGGGAUUCAAAAGUAUCUAUCUUCUAAAAUUAAUAAGAAUUUUAUAGAAAUAUUGUAUUUUUUAAAAUGCUAAUGAUUUGACAAUAAGAUUUUUUAAAAUAAU